AGGGGGUCCGGUUUUGGUCGGUCCGGAGGGGAUGGACAUCUUUCUGACCUCAUUUGGACUGAUGCUCAUGUGUGUUCAAUGCUCAGCUCAGAGACUCUCUCUGACCGGGAAAAAUGUCUGCCUCAGUGUCAGGGAUUCUUCUCCCAUAUGUUGUUCUGGAUGGGGCCAGAACGGUGAUGAAUGCACUGUCCCCCUCUGUGAGGGAGAAAGGGCCUGUCUGCAGGAUGAAGUGUGUGUUUACCCUGGACUUUGUCGAUGUAAACCUGGAUUUUACGGUUAUCAGUGCAAAACCCCUUGUCCUCCUGAAUUUUGGGGGCCAGAUUGUCGAGAGCUCUGUCCCUGUCACCCUCAUGGGCACUGUGACCCAGUCACUGGUAAGUGCUCGUGCCUACCUAACCGCUGGGGCAACCUGUGCCAAAAUGGCUGCAAAUGUGGACGUCAUGGGAAAUGUGACCCUGUCUACGGCAACUGCACCUGCGAGGAGGGCUGGUGGACAUCCACUUGCUCCAAAGCCUGUCAGUGUCAACUUAGCAAAUCCACUUGUGACCAAGCCACGGGACGCUGCCUGUGUAACAAAGGCUAUUGGGGCCAGAAGUGCAGACUGACAUGCAGCUGCUUUCAGUCCCCUUGCCAGCAGCACACAGGGGCCUGUCAGUGCCAGCAUGGCCGGUGGGGUCUAACUUGUGACCGCCAUUGCAUUUGUAAUCUAAGCAACUCCGACUGUGACCUGCAAACUGGCAACUGUCUCUGCUACCCGGGUUACAAAGAGCCUUUCUGCAAUGAGCCUUGCGACAGUGGAAAGUAUGGCAGAGGCUGUAAGAAGAGUUGUGGACACUGUGAAGGAGGCAGGUCUUGCUCUAAACAGGACGGCCUGUGUGAUGCCUGUGCACCAGGUUGGAAUGGCACCCGCUGCGAUCAGCCUUGUCCUGCAGGUUAUUAUGGCCAUCGCUGCCGAAAGGUUUGUCCGCAUUGCAGAAACAUGGACCCAUGUGACCCGGAAACUGGCGCGUGCUUACACUGUGAUCCUGGUUGGACUGGACCGAGAUGUGACAAACCCUGCACAGACGGUACAUACGGAGAUGGCUGUCGCUUCCUGUGUAAAACCUGCCAUCAUGGCCACUGUGACCAUGUGACAGGAAGUUGCAUUUGUCUUCCUGGCUUUCAGGGUGAGAGCUGUAACAGUACAUGUCCCCCUAACCUGUAUGGCAUCAACUGCUCCUCCACAUGUGACUGUGGGAAUCAUGCCUGCCAUCCAGCCACAGGGGCUUGUCCAAACAGUCUCUUAGCAGGGCUUUUGAUUCCCUUGUGCAUUUUAAUACUCGCCUUGCUGUUCUGCUGCUGCUGUUGUGGGCGGCCCGUUGAAGGGAAGGAAGGAGUGGCGGUUGGAGAUGGCAGCCCUGCGGUCCGCAUGAAGCAUCAUGUUUAUACUGUGUUGGCCAACAUGGGUUCAGCAAUGCCGUGCAUUAGUCUCUGGUCAUCUGGUUUGCCAAGGGUUACAGUCUCUCAUCAUGACCCUGAGCUCACAUUUAACCACAGCUUCAUUGAGCAGCCAUCGUCCGGCUGGGUGACUGAUUCAUUUGAAACUGAUGAUGAAGGAGAGGUCAUCUACUGUGAACCACCCCGGGAAGAUGUUCUUACUGUGGCCGGUGGAGAGCUUCAGGAGCUGAACUCUAAGUGUAACUUCUUCCUUGACCCAUCAACCUUCAGCAGUGAGGACAUGUCACAAGAAUUUGGUAUCCCUCGUACCUCCAGCAUUGCCAAAUCCAAACGUCCUUCAGUCUCUUUUGCAGAGGGCACAAAGUUCAGUCCUAAAGAGCGCCGUGGCUCCACUCAAGAUCUACCAGGAACUAGUCGGAAACCCAAGACCUGGGGUGUGCUGAUGAUCUCUGCCCUGCAAGGAGGACAGGGAAACCACAGUGAAACAGAAACAGAAAAAGAAGAGAAAAACAACGAGGAGACCAUCUCCUCUGAGGAGCAAACAGCUGCAUCUGAAACAACACAAACUGACUCAGAAAGAUAUAGUUCUGGCCAGCUAAGGACUCACCUUACUGUGCCCAGUGGGAGACGACGUACACUUUCCAAUACCAGGAAAAAUGCUCAGCCAUCUGAUAGUGGCCAGGAUGCAGAUUCAGACAGAUUAACAACCAUAUAUGUGACUUUGGGUAAGACCCAAAAGAUGGCCAAGCAAGAGCCCCCCUCAGAAGGGCCCGUUCAGGCGAUGCUGCGCAGACUGGGUAGCUUACAGAGACAAAGAGAAGAGGCCACCCAGCCCAAAGGAAGGGGGCAGGCAAUCGCCAAGCCACCGCGGAGGAAACUGGGAGCGCGGGCCAGUGCAUGGGAGCAAGCUAGUGGGUCAAACCAGUCAGAGGUGGUCAUGAGGAAACCUAGUCGCAGGAAGCACAACUCCCUCAGCUCUCCCUGCACAGUGGGGGCAACAGACUUUCCUCAGGAGAACAGCACCCCCAAGAGGCCAUUGUCCUCCAUUUUAAAAAGUGUUCCAGAAAGCAAUACACUCCAUAAUUUGGAGGUGGAGCAAGACGCUGAAGAAGUUUGUGAGACAGACAGUCUGACAGAGCACACGUAUGAGACUGUGGCUCCGUCUGAUGGGGUCUCCACAUCUUCAGAGAUUAUUAUUAAUGAGACAGUUGUGGACCAAGCAGAAAAUGAGCCAAAUUAUGAGAAUGUUUAUGUAAAGCAUUCAUAAUAUUCCUGAAUCUUAAAGUUAAUGAUUUAAAGGGCAAUAAAAAAAGUUUUUAAGAACUGUAUGCAAGUUUUGCAUAAACUGCAUAAACAUACCUUUGUAUAAAAAUUUCUUUGUUUGUAUAUUCCCUAUUAUAAUUUCUAUUAAAACAUUACUUAGUUUAAAGAAAUUAGCUUAUUUUUAAAUACACUUUUUUAUUUUUAUUUUUUAAGUAUUUUAUCAAGAUGAUGUCCUCAUAACCAAUUGAGUAACUGUAUCUAGCUAUACUGACAUUCAAAAGUUUGGGGUCAGUAGGAUUUUCUUUUCUUUUUAAAAUUAGUAAGUUUAUUCAACAAGGACUAAUUUGAGCAUAAGUAAUAGUAAACUUUUACAUUGCUAAAAAAUAUAUAUAUUUUUAAAUUCAGCAUAUUAGAAUGAUUUCUGAAGGAUCAUGUGACACUGAAGACUUAAGUAAUAGCUGCUGAAAAUUCAGCUUUGCAUCACAAGCAUUUUUACUUUAUUUUGAUUAAAUAAAUGCAACCAUAGUGAGACUAAGAGACAUCUUUCAAGAACCUCAAACGUUCUUAGUCUUAAAUGUUACUACCUUUGAACAGUAGUGUAGAUCAAUCCUGAGCCAAGAUAUGAACCCUGCAGCAAUUAUGCAUGAAAUAACUUCCAUAAAAAUUUGGAAAAUAGAAUUGUCUUGAAGUAACCUGACAUACUUCCUGGUUCUCCUCAAAGAGCCUUUUCUCUUAGGGCUGUAUAAGAUUCUGUGUAAUUACAUGUCUUUACUUUUUCCUUUAUGCACCAUAAAUAAGGAUUAGUCUCCACAUGCAUCGCUAUUGCGAAGUUGUUCUUGGCAGCAUGACACUGAUUACUUAUAAUAUGGGGUGAUGUAGAUAAAUUCAAGUGCCUGAUAUUGGCAGUAAGCUCAGUGUUUUCUUUGGAAAGAGCAAGAAACCACAAUAAAUGGAUGAACUGUGCCAAAACACUGACUGGAAAUGUAAAUGGUAUUGAUAGUUGGCAGCAAAAAUGACAAGAAACACCCUUUUACCGUGAUGAAAAAGCUAAAACAGAAAGAGAUUUAUGUUAAUAUCUUUCAAAGGUAUAACCUAAUAAAAUGAUGUAUGCAUUACAAAAAAAAAAGAAAAACAUUGCUGUUUAUUCAAGGAUUGCAAAACCCCCACUAAAACUAUUGCAAAGCUCACAGGAACUUAAGGCUUCUGUAAGCAUCAGUACAAAAUGUUAUUCCUUAAUCUAAAUUCUCAAUGAAAAUCAAAGUACAAUUCUAUGAUAAUAUUCAUAUGUCUGUUUUUUUUUUUGAGAUGUUUGAGACUAAAAAUUGCAUGGUGUCCACUGAGCAUAAUUAAUCCACACAACAGUUAGUAAUAUAGAGUAGAUUAGUCUCCAGGGGAGGAUGACUUGUAGAACAUUAU